CGCACCCACCCUCCUUCGGCAGCCGCGCGAUUCUCUGGCUCCGGUCGUGAGCGCUGAGCUGGAAUUGGAGGCGGCGCGGCUGCAGGCCGCCGGAGGACCGAGCCGGUUACCUUUUGCAGCCGCGUCUCCGCCAGCUCCCCUCGCCGUGCCGGGGGUGCUGUGCGGCUCCAGCCCGGAACCGAAGCCGCCGGCCGUUGGGGGCGGCCGGAUCCGCGUCCUGCUUUCAGCGCCCGGAGGACAUGCGGGAGAGAGAAUGAGCCAGAGGGACACGCUGGUGCAUCUGUUUGCCGGGGGAUGUGGUGGUACAGUGGGAGCUAUUCUGACAUGUCCACUGGAAGUUGUAAAAACACGGCUACAGUCGUCUUCUCUGACAGUUUACAUCUCUGAAGUUCAGCUGAACACCAUGGCUGGAGCCAGUGUCAACCGAGUAGUGUCUCCUGGACCCCUCCAUUGCCUAAAGAUGAUCUUGGAAAAAGAAGGGCCUCGUUCCUUGUUUAGAGGAUUAGGCCCCAAUUUAGUAGGGGUGGCCCCUUCCAGAGCAAUAUACUUUGCUGCUUAUUCAAACUGCAAGGAAAAGUUGAAUGGUGUAUUUGAUCCUGAUUCUACCCAGGUACACAUGAUUUCAGCUGCAAUGGCAGGUUUUACCGCAAUCACAGCAACCAACCCCAUUUGGCUAAUAAAGACGCGGUUACAGCUUGAUGCAAGGAGUCGUGGGGAAAAGCGAAUGGGCGCUUUUGAAUGUGUUCGUAAAGUGUAUCAGACAGAUGGACUUAGAGGAUUUUACAGAGGCAUGUCUGCCUCAUAUGCUGGCAUAUCAGAGACUGUUAUCCAUUUUGUUAUUUAUGAAAGUAUUAAGCAAAAACUACUGGAAUAUAAGAUUGCUUCUACAAUGGAAAAUGAUGAAGAGUCUGUAAAAGAAGCAUCAGAUUUUGUGGGAAUGAUGCUAGCUGCUGCCACCUCAAAGACUUGUGCCACAAGCAUAGCAUAUCCACACGAAGUUGUAAGAACAAGACUACGUGAAGAGGGAACAAAAUACAGAUCUUUUUUUCAGACACUAUCUUUGGUUGUUCAAGAAGAAGGUUAUGGGUCUCUUUACCGUGGUCUAACAACUCAUCUGGUGAGACAGAUUCCCAACACAGCCAUUAUGAUGGCCACCUAUGAACUGGUGGUCUACCUCCUCAAUGGAUAACAACGUCAGGCUGUUGUACUAUGAAGAGGAAAGACCAAAAGAUUCCAGUGGACCAUGGAGUGUCGAAGCCAGCAUGGUGGACAGAAGAGAAAUGGUUUGGGAACAUGUAACUAUGCCUAAGUGGAAGUCUGGUUGUAGGAAUUAAAAUAAUCGUAACCACAUUACUUGGUCCUUUUGGUAAUGUGAAAAAAACCUCUGCUGCCUCCAAGAAAAAGCCUUUAGAAGCACUCCAUCCUCAAAAUUGCCAUUUUCUCUCUCAACGUCCAUGGGACACAGUUGCAUUUGUUUAUUUAUGGCAGUCAGAGCAUAGUGUUCAUUCCAUGAAUACUUUUCCAGUCUUCUAAACAAAGCCAUCCCUACUUCUAUACUGUACUAUAAACUAUCCAAAGAUAGCAUUGACAGUCAGAAAUUUCUGACUUUUGGCUUCUGUAAUUAUUGUAAAAUAACAAUAGUAGCGAGAUCCUCAGUAUUAUUUUCACAUUUCCUUGAGAGGAUAUGGCCCAAUAUUUAAAAGUUAAUUAUUUGGCAUUAGUAGUCACUGUUUUGACAACUAAUGAAAUAGUAUCUAAAUACCUUACUACUUUUACCUUUAAAAUGUUUUGGUUUUCACUGCUAACAGGUGCUUGAUGUUUAGCAUAACGUGGACACUUAAAAUUGUUCAUUAUCAUAUGAAACUCAAAAUGGUAAUAGUUUGGGACAAAAUAAACCAGUAAAAUACUGAUUUUUGGCCAUUUCAGUAACUUGAGCAUGUCUUCAUAUCUUUUCUAACUAUGAUACAUGAAUGAAUGCAAUUGUCAAUUGUCCUUUCAGCGAUUUACUAGUUUGAAUUUGAAUUACCACAUGUCACACUUAGCCAUCAUUUUUUUAAAGUGGAAAGUUUUACCACUUCUGAAUCUUUCUCUGCUUUCACAUUAAGAACUUGAACCUUUGAGUUAUUUCCAGAAGAUCUGUAUAGAUUGCAUUUAUUUUGUAGAGAAAAUGGUAAUUUUCAACUUGCCCUUACAGAGUUUUUUUUUUUUAAGGUGACUUAAAUAUUUGGGGCAGGCAGUACAAACGUUAUAGAAGAGGGCUCUCUGCUAUCUGAUUGAGCAGGUAAUGAUCCUAAUUGACUUAGUUUUGUGAAUGAAAAAACUGCUUUUGAAAAGAAAUUUAUUCUAUCCUAAUUUCUUGAAUGGUAAAUCAUAGAAAGAUUCAAGUUAAUUCAGAUUAAGUGUUCUAACAGGAUAUAGCUUUUACAUUUUGCUGUUGAGUUCAACUGCACCUUUUAAUACUUUAAGUGUAUUAUAUGUUUGGCCCUUAUGAAGAUGUUGGCUGUAAUUCUAAGAGACUUUAGCUUAUGGAUGUUGCUAUACUGGUGUGAAAAAACUUCUACAAUAAACUCCAAUGUGGUACUCAUUUCAGUAUACAUGAACUGGACAUUUUGUGCAAUGGCUUUACCUUAAGAAUGACUCUUUGUGAAUGCACUUUGUGGCCUUUUUUUGAGGGGGCGGGUAGUAAGAGUAGGAGAGAACUUCAUGUUAAGGUUAUUUUUUUAAAACUCAUGUAUGAGGCAAACAGUAUUCAUAACAUUUUUCUGGGCUUUAAGUAUGUUUUGGAAAUCUUUAAUAUAAAUGUUUUAAGUAUUCUAUGCACCUAGUGACCUGACUAGAAAAUUGUAGCAUGUCAUUGCAAGCUUUCUCUGCUGUCACCAAUGAAACACAGUGCCCUCUUAAAUUCCUUCACCUUCUUAACUUCCUUGCAAUCAACAGUAACUGGAUGUUUUUGAGGUGCUUUGAUUGGAAUUAAAAACAUUCCAAUCUAUUUGGAGACCAAAGGCAAAUUCAGUUUCAUUAUCUUUGGGGUUAUAACUUUUAUGGUGAAUUUCAGCUUUGACAUUUAUUGUAAGGAACAUGCCAAAAAAACCCACAAACAAACAAAAACAACGGGUUUCUAACUUAAAUCUGUAGAGAAAGUCUCCAUCUGUAGUGUUUGCCUUUUUAGGUGCCACUUGUACUGCCUAAUACAGUGCCAUUUGCCUUGUGAAGAUCUGUAAAUACUACUAGUUGUACUGAAUGUAGGACCGAGACUCGCCCUAAUCUUAAUGAUCUCAGUACCCCACAAGUGAUUAAGAAUGAUGUGAAAACCAGCAGCUAAGGAACAUCUUAUUAUUUAGUUGUAGCAAAUUCAUAACAAGUGUCCUUCAAGGAUGAACAUAUAUUCUAUUCCUGUUUGUAUUUAGCAAGUAAAACUUUAGUUGACCUUUAGUGCAUUAUAUUCAGCUUUUAAAAGUCAGUUUUAUGUAUGUACUGGAAGGAACAGAUCUUAGAGCCUUAGACUUUGUUUCUUUGUGCAACAACUGAAGAGGGACAGUGUCAUUUAUUUUAAUUGGUUUUUUUUUCCCCAAAGCACAACCUGCUGUAGUUUAUGUAUGACAGAGAUAGCUUAAAAAAAAAAAAGAAAACUAUAUAAAAGUUAUUUAUAAAAUUUGUCUCUGAAACAUUUCUUUGAGAUCCUUUGUUUAAUGCAAAUGUUUAAGAAGAAAAACACGUACUUAAAGCAUUGGACAUUGGACUUUUUUAAAAACUGUUUUGUUUUCAUCUAUUUUCUAUCAGAUAACGUUUCAUUUCUAGUAUAGAGGUGGUCUGCACUCUUUAGAUAAUUACGUGUUUUUAUAGAAUCUUCUCAGAAAAUUAAAUAGAACUUAUUCAGGUUAAAGCAGUAGAUACUGGAAGAGCAGACUCCCAUGAACAGCCGAUAGAACUCCAGUAGCUGCGGUGCCUGUGGCUCACAGAAAACAGUUUCUUAAAUUCCAGAGUCCAAAUCUGAGAACUACCAACCCGGUGAUGUGAGGUCCCGUACAGUGAUUUAAAAUCCAGGAAGAAACUAGAUGCAGAGCUUUGUCUUAAUUUUUAUUAUAUACGUAAUGUUGUGGAACUAACCUUACUGGAUGGGGCCCACAGGUAAUUGAUUUGUAACUUUAAAACCAAGACAGACUACUAUUAGAUUAUUUAAUCCAGCCUUUUGUCUCCUAAAACCUAGUGCCUAAUGCCCAUUGUAGAAUAGCAUUAGUAUAUUAGGAUCAGCAGAGUUUGGUUUCAGAAUGAGUAUUUACUCUUACUGGAGCAUAAAUAUGUCAGCAUUUUUAGGUUUGUUGUAAGUCACUAAAAAUACUGAUUUGAACUUGAAGGAUUAAAAUGCUAGAAAUAAAUCUAUCCUUUACUCUUCCACCAUUGCUCAUGCCCGUCUUUUGUUGUUUACAUGCUCUUCUGCCCAGAAUGUUAGUAGGGACCCUUAGGGGCUGAUUAAUAGUUCAGCUUUUUUCUCCUUCAAUACCGAUCAUGAUUUUAACAUUCCUAAGAAUAUAGCUAUUUCUGCAUUAUUUAAAUUGGAAGGAAUUUUAAUUCUAUAAAAAUACUUAAUGUACUAACUUUCUGCCCACUCAGAUCUCUGUCAUGCCUUUAUAUUUUUCAUUAAUCUAUAUGCUGCUUUUUAUGCUACUCCUUUUAGGAACUGAAAACUCUAGUUUCACUCAGUUUUUGUGUUAAUAAACAUUUUGAAUGUGUACCCCUGCAUAUGUGAACAAUUAAAUUAUGGCCUGUUGGUCGUAGCUAAAUAAUCAACUUUCAGAAGAGUUGAUAUCUUUUGACCAUUUAUGUGAGGGUUGCUAUUCUUGCAUUUCUGUACAUGGCUGUAAAUUAUGUGCAUUUACUCUGUAUUUAUAUUAACUAGCUGAAUUUUAUUUGAAUUGUUAAAAUUUUAAAAAUUAAAACAUGCUCAUGAAAA